GCCCUAAUUCCGUCUCCCUCAUUCCCACUUCCGAGUCCCUGCUCGACCUUCGGUCGCAAUCAGCCGGGGAAUCACGCCAACAAAAUGACGAAGAUCUACCCUAAUUCCCCGACAUCUCUAUCCCCGGCCGUAGACAUAGCAGUCGAUUUGGAGCCAUCGUCUUUCACGGUAUGGCGUAAGUCGCUCCUCUUCAACUGCAGUGGGUUCACCGUUUUCGAUGCGAAGGGGAACCUCGCCUUUCGUGUCGAUAACUACUCGUUUUCGAAUCGGACUGAGAUUGUCCUCAUGGACACCGCCGGAAAUUCCGUAUUUACCGUCCGCCGAAAGAAGCUAACCCUUGUGGAUCACUGGCAUAUCUUCGAGGGAGAGGUACCAGCGUUGAGGCGGCGGUUCUCAGCUAGGAAGCACUUGACGCUGCUCCCCUCCAAAGUGCUCGCGCACGUCAAGCCCUCCGGCGGCGAGAAAGGGCCGAUCUACUGCGUGGAGGGUUCUUUCUCGCAUAGAUCGUGUGUGGUGUACGACGAACAGAGACGGCCGGUGUUGGAGAUACGGCGAAAGGAGGCGAUAGGUGGGGUGGCCUUUGGUGGCGACGUUUUCCGCCUUAUCGUACAUCCAGGAUUUGAUUCUGGCCUUGCUAUGACCAUCGUGAUCCUCCUCGAGCAGAUGUUCGGUUCGCGGGCUGCGCCCAUUAGAGGCUGACAUUAAG